UUGAACGUGUUAAAGUGCUCCGAAGGCUGUUUUCUGGUCUGGUGUUGAUCAUGUUAGAUGUACUCUGAUGUGCUUUGUCUCUAAGUUGUUCGCCGUGUUCAGGAGCUGAGUCUGAGCGCUGUAGUAACCUGAAAUGGAGACCAAACUAAACGACUCCUGGAGCUGCGACAGCAGCGACGUCCAGGAUCUGCUGAAGAUGCUGAAGGACAGAACCUGUGAGCUGCAGAGCCUGAAGAACCGGAGAGAAGAAAUCAGCCAGCAGAUCCACCUCGAUCGCGAGGAGAUGGACCGCAGGACGCUGCUGCUGCUGUACAUGGAUGAAGGCCUGAUGGACGCCCUGAUGAAGCUGGAUGCGGUGAAGAAAGAGCAACAGAAGCUGGACCAGCAGAUCCAUGAGCUGACCACCAGAAGCACGGAGCGGAGUAAAGUCUCUCUGAGCCAACUGCAGAAACAGGAGGCCACUCUGCUGGAGGAGGAGAACCAGCUGAAGCUACAGCGAGAGAACCUGAAGAAGGCGUUGGAGGACGCUCAGAAGAACACGCAGAAAGGCCCAGAGUUUCUGCAGGAGAAUCAAACUCCACAAACCGACGCCUCUCGGAAUGAGACUGCAGCUAAACCAGGGAGGAAAAGAGCAGCUCGCAGAUAACAAGGCUUGGUUUAGUCCGGCUGAGCCCUCAGAGCACCAUCUGUGCUCUUUAUCUCCUCCGUCCUGUUUCAAUAAAUCUGAUUUAAACCCAAA